ACAGCAGAACAACUCCGAACUUUUACCAGCUUCAUGAGUUUAGUUUAGCAAGUGAGAGGCCGAAAGUGGUGAUUUUGGCCUCUUAUCACGUGCUCCGUCCAAGUUUGUGGAUAUAGGAUAUGUUGUAAGCUGUUUUUUAAUAUUUCCGAUUUAAAAAAAAUAAAAAACGAAAUGGACUUAUAGGAAAACCUUUGUGCGUUCGUCCGGUUUUAAAAUAUAUAUGUGUCAUGUCGGAUGAAGCGGAGCCAGACAUUUACACUGAAAGUGAGGAGUGUCCUGCGGAGGAUUCAUUCGGAUUUGGAGAUGAUCUUGAGUUAAAUCAGUUUGAUGGAUUGCCAUUUUCCUCGCGUUACUACAAAUUACUGAAAGAGAGGAAGACUCUGCCGGUGUGGAAGGUCAGGUGUGAGUUUGAAGAUGCUCUGGUAAACAACCAACUGGUUAUUGUGUCCGGGAUAGCAAAGACUGGGAGGAGUACACAGAUCCCUCAGUGGUGUGCAGAGUUCUGUCUGUCUGCCCAGUAUCAGCACGGCAUGGUUGUAUGCACACAGACCAACAGACAGCAGGCUGUCGAUCUGGCCUUACGCGUGGCCGAUGAAAUGGACGUCAACAUCGGCCAUGAAGUGGGCUACACCAUCCCUCUGGAGACCUGCUGCUCCUCCGACACUGUUCUGAGGUACUGCACAGACGACAUGCUGCUGAGAGAGAUGAUGUCAGACCCUUUCCUGGAGCACUUUGGGGUCAUUAUCAUCGACCAGGCCCACGAGAGGACAGUUAGCACCGACAUAUUACUGGGUCUCCUCAAGGACAUCCUGCUGCAGAGGCCUGAGCUCAGAGUGGUCGUCCUCGCCACCCCACCCGUGACCGCCAAGCUGCUGAGCCACUACGACGGCGUCCCACUCAUCAGUCUGGAGGCCUCGUCUCCUGCUGAGGCGGUCCACAGCAGCAGCGGCAACAAAGACUACUUCUUCUCGGCGCUGAGGCUGGUGCUGGAGAUCCAUCGAACCAAAGAGGAGGGAGAUGCUAUUGUGUUUUUUGCCUCGGCUGAGGAGGUUCAUUGUGCCCACAGCAUCCUCCAGAGAGAAGGCACCAGGCUGGGAGCAGAGCUGGGCCAGAUGGUGCCUGUGGUCCUGUGUCCACGCCGGGGAGGCCUCCUGCCCGCCCUCAGUGAGCUACCCGAGAGGUGCAGGAGGGUUUUCCUCUCUACCAAACAGGGGGAGGAUAUGUGGUGGGCCACAGAGUCUGUCAACUUUGUCAUUGAUACAGGAGUCCAGAAAAAGAUGGUGUACAAUCCAAGAAUAAGAGCUAACUCAGAGAUACUUCAACCCAUCAGCCAAUGUCAGGCUGACAUACGCAAGCAGCUGUCUGGGCCAACAGGUAAAUGCUUCUGCCUAUAUCAAGAAGACAGCCAGCUUCCUGCAGAGAACUCCCCACAAAUCCUGGAGUCCGACAUUACCCCGACAGUCCUGUUCCUAAAAAGAAUGGACAUAGCCGGCCUCGGACAGUGUGAUUUCAUCGACAGACCAGAUCCCGAGGGUCUCAUGCAGGCAUUGGAGGAGCUGGAUUACCUCGCAGCUUUAGAUGACGAUGGAAACUUGUCUGAGAUUGGCAUCAUAAUGUCUGAAAUCCCUCUGGACCCUCAGAUGGCCAAAGCGCUGCUGGCAUCCUGCGAGUUUGACUGUGUGAGCGAGAUGUUGACCAUCGCAGCAAUGCUUUCAGCAUCAAGCUGCUUCCUGGAGCCACCUGCUGGCAUGAGCCACGAGGCAAUCCAGAGUCGCAGGAAGUUCCAGCAUCCUGAAGGCGAUCACUUCACCCUCAUAAACAUCUACAACGCCUUCAAACAAAGCCAGAGGGAACAAUACUUCACAGCUGAAAAAUGGUGCCAGGACUAUUUUCUGGAUCAUUGCGCCCUAAAGAGAGCUGAGGCCGUUAGAUCCGAAUUGACCGACACUCUGAACAGGAUCGAGCUUCCCAUCUCUGAACCCUCCUUUGGAACCAAGACCAACACCCACAACAUCAAAAGAGCCCUGCUGGCCGGCUUCUUCAUGCAGAUUGCUCGCGAUGUAGAUGGAUCAGGAAACUACUUUAUUCUGACACACAAGCACAUGGCCCAGGUGCACCCGCUCUCCAGCUACGGCGCUCAGUCACACAAGCUGGGGCUGCCGGAGUGGGUCGUUUUCCACGAGUACACCCUGUCGGAGAAUAACUGCAUGAGAAUAGUGUCUGAAAUUUCUCCUCAAGUGUACAUUCAAAUGGCACCAUUGUACUUCUUCUACAACCUGCCCCCCAGUGAAAGCAAAGACAUACUGCAAGACAUGUUGGACCCAGAUAGACACAGAAAACAUGAAGAUGAGAAACAGAAAACCAUCACAGUCACCAGUGAUGCAGACAGCGGCUGUGCGGUUGUGCCACAGACUUAUGACAGAUGCGUGAUUCAGUGAUCUGGAAUCAUACACGUGAAAAUGUGGGCUGUAAUCGAAUCACCAAAUGUUAAAUGUUUUGUAGUCAACGCAAACCAGCGACUGUAAUAUUAUCAACUCAUGUCAUGACAGUAUGUCACAAAAUGUAGUAAUUCAUGAAAAUCUAUAUUAGUUGUUGUCUAAUACAAGUUAUAGCCUCCUCGUG